UUGGAUAGUUUCACACUAAUAAACAAUAACAUUGCAAUAUAACCUUAGUUUUCUUUUUUGGACAUGCACUAAGUAUUAACUAUUUAAUCCCUCUAGUUCCAGUCUUUAAAUGCAAGAAAAGAUGGUUUUGCCUACCUCUGAAGAAAAUACCGUUACAAUAAUUAAUUACUUGACGGAGUUAAGUUGCUGCGACAGAUGCAUACUAAGAUUCUUAGGUCUGCAAGCCUAUAAUAAUGAAGCAACUUACCGAAACCCCAAAGAUUAUUUUAACAAAUUGCUUACAGUAGAACCAGCAUCAGAGGAGCCCUCAAUAAAAAAGGCAAAGUCAAAUGUCUGCCCAACUUGCCUUGGCUGUUUUGAUCCUGAAUUGGUGGAAAGCUUUACAAAAAGUUUAUGUUCUUGUGGUAUUGACCAGUUUAAAUAUCACAAUUUUUCAUUCAAUGUCAGUUUUCCUAAGUGUCUUCCUGUAAGAGCUCAUAGUAUGUUGCUUCAUUUAAAGCAAAAAUUUCCCAAUUAUUGUUUUGGAGAAUUGUAUGAUACAAAAAGCAUAAAAGAUAAAGAUGUUAUACUAUUAGAGCAACCACAUAAAAUUUUUAGAGCUGCUUCAAGUCAACUCUUAGGAAAAAUCUUAGGAAAACCAUACCAUCCUAGGUCAAACUUAAGUUUGCUUAUACAGUUGGGCUAUGAAGAUGAUUCUAUGGAAGUUGAAAAUUUGAAAAACCUUGCACAAACCAACAAGAAGAAAAACGUCUAUAUAAGCAAAACAAACAUCCAGGGUUUCUUGGAAAAGUUAUCAGAUAAGGAAUUUUGCAGUAAUUUUCCUGUACCCCCAAAUAUUCCCGAUAAACAGGUGGUCUUGGAAAAGCUAGAAGUAACCGCUCAGCCGAUAUAUUUGGGAGGCAGAUACCUAAAAUUUAAAAGGAAUGUGGGACAAACACCUUGGGUUGUUGAUGGAGUGAGUCUAGUGGAUAAUAAUAUUCAGGAUAUUAUCUUUGAUGUAAUUUCCAGUCUUUUGGGGUAUGAGAAGUCUAAUAUGACUUUUACAGCCAGUGGCCGAGAAGAUAUGGACGUGAGGAUGCUGGGUACUGGACGACCCUUUUACAUCAAAAUCGAAAAUCCAAAAGUGAAGGAGAUUAGCAAGGAGCUGUUGAGGGAAAUUGAAAAACAGGUCAUAGCGACAGAAAUGGUAGCUGUAACAAAGCUUCAAUUGGUUAAUGAGUCAGAACUUAAAAGAAUAAAGCAUGGAGAAGCCCUAAAAAAGAAAAAGUACAAAGCUCUUUGUAAAACCUGGGCACCAAACAUUGAAGAUGUAAUUACCAAAAUUAACAAUUAUGGGGAGGAAUUUGCAAUUCAACAGCUAACAGUUAUGAGGGUGUUGCAUAGGCGUACGAUAUUGUCUAGGGAGAAAAUCAUUCAUAAGAUGAGUGCAGUAAAGGUGCCAGAUCAUGAUGACCUUUUUGAGUUGGAACUCCAAACGCAAGCGGGUACUUAUGUAAAAGAGUUUGUUCACGGCGAUUUUGAAAGGACCAAGCCCAAUAUAAGUGAAAUUGUUGGAUUUCCGACCGAUUUGGUCGCUUUGGAUUGCGCAGAUAUUGACUUAGUUUGGCCUGAGGAGGAUAUCGGUAAUGAACCGUGUGACACUGUUACUGAAAAUGAAUGAAAAAAUUAAGGAAGAAUUUCGUAAACAAAUUCAGUUAUUUAAACAAUAUUUGCAAUUGUUUUAGUAGGAAUAAUAAAACUAAGAAAUUUUAUUAAAUCGUCUUUAGUA